UUUUUACACCAGCCGGUCUGUCGGAUCUGAUCCUCGUGCUACUUGCCGCUGGACACUUUUACUGAAACAAGUUCUCCUCUAUUCUAACUAGAAUAUUAAAAGUUAUUCCGUGUUCUCAUCUUUCGGCGAAUUUCCUCCUUGUACUAAUUAUGUACCGUUUACCCUCCGUUCUUCGCUCAAGUGCAGCACGACAGCUGAACCCUAGCCUUGCUCGAUUUUAUGCCAAAGAUGUGAGAUUUGGCCCGGAAGUCAGAGGUUUAAUGUUGCAAGGAGUUGAUAUUUUGGCUGAUGCUGUAGCUGUCACUAUGGGACCCAAGGGCCGAAAUGUCAUACUGGAGCAGUCAUGGGGAUCUCCGAAAAUCACCAAGGAUGGAGUGACGGUCGCUAAAGGAGUAGAACUAAAAGACAAGUUUCAGAACAUUGGUGCCAAAUUGGUUCAAGAUGUAGCCAAUAACACAAAUGAAGAGGCUGGCGACGGCACCACUACUGCCACAGUCCUUGCUCGAGCCAUUGCCAAGGAAGGCUUUGAGAAAAUCAGCAAAGGCGCAAAUCCAAUAGAGAUAAGGAAAGGUGUAAUGUUAGCUGUAGAAACUGUCAAAAACAAUUUAAAAUCGCUAUCAAAGCAAGUAACAACCCCAGAAGAGAUUGCUCAAGUAGCCACAAUCUCUGCCAAUGGAGAUGGAGCCAUUGGAAAUCUAAUCUCAGAUGCUAUGAAGAAAGUUGGCAAAGAGGGUGUCAUCACGGUCAAAGAUGGCAAAACUCUGGAAGAUGAACUUGAAGUGAUUGAAGGGAUGAAAUUCGACAGAGGUUACAUCUCCCCCUACUUCAUUAACACCACUAAAGGUGCCAAAGUUGAAUUUCAAGACGCUCUGUUGCUUCUAAGUGAGAAGAAAAUAUCAAGCAUUCAGUCGAUCAUUCCAGCAUUGGAACUGGCAAACUCUAAAAGGAGACCCCUCGUCAUUAUUGCAGAAGACAUUGAUGGUGAAGCAUUGAGCACUUUAGUAGUCAAUAGGUUGAAAAUUGGAUUACAAGUUGCCGCUGUGAAAGCGCCAGGUUUUGGUGACAACAGGAAAUCUACUCUACAGGACCUAGCCAUUGCCACCGGUGGACUGGUCUUCGGAGAUGAAGGGACCGCCAUCAAAUUGGAAGAUGUUCAACUUCAUGAUCUCGGUGAAGUAGGAGAGAUUGUCAUCACGAAAGACGAUACCCUCAUUCUGAAGGGAAAAGGCAAGAAAGAAGAAAUUGAUCGAAGAGCAGAUCAACUGAGGGAUCAAAUCGCUGACACAACUUCAGAAUACGAAAAAGAAAAGUUGCAGGAACGACUUGCAAGGUUGGCCUCUGGAGUUGCCCUCUUGAAAGUCGGAGGUUCCAGUGAAGUUGAGGUGAAUGAGAAGAAGGAUCGUGUCACAGAUGCCUUAAAUGCAACCAGAGCAGCAGUGGAGGAAGGCAUCGUUCCCGGCGGUGGUCUCGCUCUUCUCCGGUGUAUUCCAAAGUUAGAUGCCAUCUCAAGCAAAAAUGAAGAUCAGAAAACAGGUAUUGAAAUUGUCAAGAGAGCAUUGAGAAUGCCCUGCAUGACCAUUGCCAGUAACGCUGGAGUCGACGCCUCAAUGGUUGUAGCCAAGGUCCUAGAAUCUCCUCCCGAAAUCGGUUACGAUGCUUUAAACAAUGAAUAUGUCAACAUGAUUGAAAAAGGAAUCAUCGACCCGACCAAAGUUGUAAGAACAGCCUUAACAGAUGCCGCAGGAGUUGCCUCAUUGCUCACAACUGCCGAAGCUGUAGUGACAGAAAUCCCGAAAGAAGAGCCGCCCAUGGGUGGCAUGGGUGGAAUGGGAGGAAUGGGUGGUAUGGGAGGAAUGGGCGGCAUGGGAGGCAUGAUGUAAUCAGCCGCUCGUUUGUAGCUCGAUGAUCUUAAGUUCCCGAACCAAAAACCUGGUUUUGAAUCAAGAAGCAUUUAAAAGCGUGAGUAUAUUAGUAGUUAGAGAGCCAUUGAGACUGAAAACCUGCCCGGUGUAAGAAACUCUGUGAGCCGAAUGCUAAUUAAACAAACUUUAGGGUGUAGAUCAGAGAGCAUCUUACUCUCAGUGCAAUUUUGUAGUGUGCUUGCUCAUUUCCUAACUCCGAGCCAAGACCGAAACAAUAAAUUUAGCUCCAUAUGUAGGAUAAUAAAGUAAUCACACAAUUGCAGGGUCACAAGAUGAUACACUUCCAUUCUAUCAUUUAAAUAUUGUCCCAAAUAUUCACUUUAAUUUUUUUCUUUUCUUUUUUAUCCCUCUCUCAUCAAAUUAAAAUCUUUGUAAGUUUCUAUGGUUCUUUAUGAAAUUGCAUACAUACUUCAGAGCUCUGUAAAGAAACUUGUCCAAUCGAGUCCCACCCUCUAGAAUAUUAAGUGUCUGCUGCUGCGAAAAAUGUUCUAGUCACAUGUUUCUUCAAUCAACUCGAUGGAACAACUGAAAUUCUUUCUCAAACACCACAAUUUCAUCACAGGAAACACUGAAGAAUUUAAAGUUUCCUCUAAUUUCACCGGAAAAUUUUUCCCAGUGUUGAAAGUAAAGUGUGGUACACUAUACUUAGGGUGUCUAAAAGUUCAUGGCUCAUGUGAAUCAGUACAACAAAAAAUGGCAAAUUCGAGGGUUAGGUAAUCAAAGGAAUCAAAGUUGUAUCCUUUCGUGUUGGUAAAAUGUCUAUCUUCAGGCGCUGGAUAGAGGCGCGAUAAAGGUCUAAAUUUUUUUCAAAUGGUAUUUUUUCUCUAUUUUAUUAUUGCGAUUUUCAUAUGUUUAGUCUGGUAUGGAACAUGAAUUAAUUUUGAACGAAUCUGCUGAAAUUGUUUGAAAGUAAAAAGAUAGUUAUGGUAGUGAAUGAACUUCUCAUUUUUAAGCAAUUUCUUCGGUCGGUUCAACUGUAUUUUUGGUCGUAUUGAGCUGAUUAUGACCUGUUCCUUAAGCUUGUGAUGCUCAGAAUGGACCUGUUUUAGCUAUUACCUACUCUAAACCCACUCAUCGUAUAUUUUAUUGGAUGAAUACCAGUAGUUAGUGUAGGGUCACUCAUCUUUUUAUGUCGGUAAGUCGGUUUUAAGUUCAUUUGUUUUGUAGACAAUCAGCUGAUAAAGAUCUAAUCCCGUAGUACAAUCUGCUCAAAUUUUUCAAGUUUUCACAAUUCCAGAGAACACAUAUUAACUUGUAGCCAACAAUUCAAAUAUGUUAUCAGAUGAACUCGUCGCAGUUAGUAAAGGAUUAAUUCAUCUUUAAACACUUUUAUUGAGUUGAUUUGAAGUCAAUUUGUGCAGUCUUGAGUUGCCAGAAAUGUCAAGGAUCUAAGCGUAUUGGACUUUAGAGACAAUGAUCAGAUGACUGUGAAACCAAGACAUACAAGAGAAAACACAUUAAUUUUUGAUUACCUCAUCAAAAAUGAUAAAGCAAAUCCAAUAGCAGUAUUAAAGGAACUAUUAAUCUUCAAACAAAAUUGAUGAGUUUCGUGAAAUGUAAUUUUUGCUCCAGCAAAAUGCUAAAACGCACUGAAUUUGAGCGUUUUAGACUUGAGUAAUGGGUCACCAUCAGAUAACCAUGACAGGAAGAACAUCCGCAGACCUAAUAUAAUUAGAAUAACUCUAGUGGACAAGAACACAUGGAAGAGAUCUAAAUGGAGAGCUGAACUUGGUGAAACAGUCCCUAAACAUUUUUAAAUGAUUGUGCCAGACUUAACACCAGGUAUAACUCUCUCACCUGGUUCUGCCCUCCGUUUUUUUUUUUUUUUAAAUUUGACUUUCAUUGUUCGUCUUGUUAACAAAUUACAAUAUCCCAAAUGAUAUUUGCUGUUUCUUUAGAGAACUUGUCUGCUUCAAUUUUGGUCCAUUAGGUAUUUUUUAUUUGGUACGUUUCUCAAAAAAAUACAAAUUAAUUUUAAACUGACCGAAGUGAAAAAGUUAGAAGGUAAACACCUAAUAGAAGUAGUCAUUGAUCUAGUCAUCUUGGCACAUUUUCAGUGAGUCGAUUCAUGUUCAAUGGAAUCAGAGAAACAAAGUGGAUUUGUGGAAGAAACAUCUUCCGACCGAAAAUUGCCACUGUAAUCUAGAGAAAAGCUGCAGUUAUUCAGAUAGAGAACUCAACUCGGUGAAAUAGCCCUUCACAUUUUUUGAAACCUGUGCCAGACUCAACAUCAAGGAACUCUUUCAUUGUGUUCUGCUUUCUUGAAUGAUGCUAGGUGACUCUCUAUUUAACCUUAAGAAGGCCACUCCGACCCACGAUUGAUCUAUUGCUCAUCUUUAGUUGGAAAGCAAUCUGGAGAAUACUUGUUAAUUUUGAACUGUCCCACCAAAAAUCUUAGAGGAUAAAUAUCUAAUAGUAGUAGUAUAGAAACUUCAUCUUUGUACAAUUUUGAUGAAUCAGUUCUAACUCAAUUUGUGUUCUUACGAGUUCUGCUCCAGUUAAAGUAAUGUUAUGGAUCAAUCAUGUUUUCGACAUGCGUGUAAGAUUAGAUAAAGUAUGAUGAAUAGAACUAGGAACAGAUACAUUUAGUCAUUGGUAGGAAUUAGUGCUAAGAUGUAGUAUUCUAAUCUGGAAUAGAUGGUAGUGGUAGUAGUUAUCAAGGGUCUUUGGAAAUUUUGGAUCAGUUGUUUUAAAGCUAAUUUAUGCUCCUUUGAAUUACUAAACGGUGACAAACCUUACCAUCAAAUCAAUAAAGUGACUUGAGGCGACACAUUUUAAUGUGAAAGUAACUCGCCAAAAUUUUUAAGAGGUGAUCAGCACUGUAGCGCGAGUCAUUGAGAAACUUUUUGUGUGUUAACAUUCUCAGUUAGUCAGUUUUAUGCUAAUCAGUGUUUUUCGAGUCUUGUCCCGACCCAUAAUGGACCAAUCACAGUCAGAAUGCUUUUCUAAGGUUAUGGUUAAAUAUUGCAGUUUGGGUGUAGUGAUAAGAUAUUGUGUUCUAACCUUGUAAGAUCAGGAUUAGACAGUCAGAAUAUUUGUAGUUUUGGAACUAGUCAUGUUUUAACGUUUUCAGAGAUUUGCUUUCAAGUUAAUUUGUGCUCUCUCGAAUCACCAAACCAUGACGAACUUGAGGAACAUAUUACCAUCCAAUUACUUUGUGAGUUGAGGGAGCACAUAUUAAUGUUGCAGCAGAUAAACAAAAGUGACUGAAUGACGAAAAGUCCCCUGUAGUAGCCUAAACAGAACUUUUCAUCUAUAAACGAUUUCAGUUAGUCAGUUUUUAAUUUAAUUAUGUUCCCUCAAAUUGGUAGAAUGCAACACACUUCGAAAACAGAUCGCUGUCGGAUUAGCACAACACCGAUAACUCUCUAGAGAUGAUGCUGUAGCCAGAGUAAUUAAAAGGUGAACUGAACUCCGUGAAAGAGCCCUUAAAUAUUUUUUAAACUUAGUGCCAGAAUUUAGACCAGGAGACUCUUUCACCAUGUUCUUUUCUCCAGAAAAAUGUUAACCAAAUCUGUGUAACACCUAGCAAGAGCAUUGUUACCAUAAGUUAGAUGUCGUACUUGUAAAAUCUUAUUCAGUGAAUCGAGAUAGAGGUAAGCACUUGGAGCAAUCCCAGAACUUGAUAAAACUUUAAGUAUGUGUUGAAAAAACUGCCCUCAGAUAAUUUAAACAAAUUUCUUAAUAUUCGUACGGAAAACCUACACAGCGAUCAAUUUUUCUGACGUAUCCACAAGGAGAAUUCAAUGGGUUGAAGGAUGCCUGUGAUCGAGUAUUUCAUUUAUUCUGGAUGAAUUAUUAUAGUAGUAAUUGGUAUAUAGUAAUCAAAGGAGAAAAAUAAAAUCUCUUAACACAAGCACUUCAGUUGUAGUCUCAUACUUCUCCUACCUGUAAAUAUGUGUACAAUUUUGCUAAAUCAAGCGAUCAAAUUAGCAUAUCCAUAUUACCCCUCAGUGACAUGAAUUUGCCAUUUUUAGUUGUAAUUGCUCAUCUGCACUUCAAAGCAAUUAAUUAUUCAAAUAGCUCGAAAUAACUUGUUCAAGGGCUUUGCAGAGUUUUGGAAUUGCAUAAUUUUUCAAACCCAUUGCUGUAAUUUUUUUUUUUUUUAUUCUUCCCUUUUUUCUUACUCGAAAGUUCAGUAGGUUUUCCACUAUACUUGAGUUGAACAUUUUGAUGUAGGACAUGUCAUUUAGAAUGUCUGAAAAAUGCAUUGUUAAAGCACAAUUGGAAAGAGGAUUCCUAAGGAUGAGUCUUUUCCAUGUUCAAUGCCUCAUUUCCUCAUACGUACAGUGAAGAGGUGCAUUCCGAUUCCGCUAGCUGAAAUUAGUUUCCUCUACCGUACUUGUUUACAUAGAGUUUUGCAUCAAUUUCUAUUCUCUUGUUUAUUUUAUCGUUAGAUGAUGUUAAUUUUAUUGUUAGGUAUAAGUGUUGGCAUGCCUGCUUUAGCUGUAAGAAUUUCUCUUAAACUUGUUGGUUAGCGAGUAAGGGUUUUAAUUAAGUUGCUUCUGAAUAUCCAAAAAUUAUCUUUUAAUAAUUGAAUGAUGAUCAUGAUAUUUGAUAUAUGACUUUUUAAUAAUGUAAAUUUAUUUUUUAUCGAUAAUUCAAAAUUGUUCGAAUUGAAAACAAUUUUGCACCUCUCAGCCUUGUUCCGACUUCAAAGAUCAACAACCUCAAGUGUACCUUUAAUGGUAUAUGUUUGUAUAGUUUCAGUAGUUGUGCUAGUAUCACAAAGUAGUAUGUUCUUUUUUUAUGAUUUUCCCUUUUUUUAAUAAAGUUUGUUAUAAGUUCAA